AAGAAAAUUUGGUAAGAAGAAUCACACACACACGGACGCACCAGAGAGAGGUUUUGGUUUGUUCAAAGUGACUGGAUCGUAUAGCUCCCUCCACAAUGCCUGAGAAACUAACUAGAUAUUAAUGUCGCUCACUGGAUUAGAAAAAAAAAAAACUAGAUAUUAAUGUCGCUCACUUUUUUUUUUUUCCCUUUCCGUUUCUGUUCUGAAAUCUACUCUAAUCUAACCCUAGAAUCAACCCCCGCAAGGGAAUUAACACGAAAGUAGCUUCUAACCCUAGAUCUUCAAUUUUUUUUCUCCCUUUUUUGGUUCUCUUCGACACGAUUUCCCCUCGACUGGUUUUGGAGCUUUUUCUCGGGGUUUUCUAUUGUAUUUCAGGAUUUUGUAUCCUUCGGCUCAGAUUCUCGUGCUUUCUCUGCGUAACAAUUCUUUUUACAUAUUUUCUCCGUAAAUUAGGUUUCGGAGUUUUAGCUAGGGUUUCAAAAUUUCCGUUGUGUAAAUGGAGCAUCGAGUUGGGAAUAGAUUUCGGCUUGGCCGAAAGAUCGGUAGCGGCUCGUUCGGGGAGAUCUAUCUCGGUACUAAUAUUCAGAGUAACGAAGACGUUGCAAUUAAGCUUGAAAAUGUCAAGACAAAGCAUCCUCAGUUGCUAUAUGAAUCAAAGUUAUACAGAAUCUUACAGGGAGGAACUGGAAUUCCAAAUGUGAGAUGGUUUGGAGUGGAGGGAGACUAUAAUGUGCUGGUAAUGGAUUUGCUUGGACCUAGUCUUGAAGAUCUUUUUAACUUCUGCAGCAGGAAGCUUUCUUUGAAGACAGUUCUUAUGCUUGCAGAUCAAAUGAUUAAUCGUGUCGAAUUUGUUCAUUCUAAAUCAUUUCUUCAUCGAGAUAUCAAGCCUGACAACUUUCUGAUGGGCUUGGGAAGACGCGCAAAUCAGGUGUAUGCCAUUGAUUUUGGUCUGGCAAAAAAAUAUAGAGAUAGUUCAACCCAUCAACAUAUUCCUUACAGAGAAAACAAGAAUUUGACUGGAACUGCUAGAUAUGCAAGCAUGAACACUCACCUUGGUAUAGAGCAAAGCCGCAGGGAUGAUUUAGAAUCUCUUGGAUAUGUUCUUAUGUACUUCUUGAGAGGAAGUCUCCCUUGGCAAGGACUGAAAGCAGGAACUAAGAAACAGAAGUAUGACAAAAUCAGUGAAAAGAAAGUUUCUACCUCAGUUGAGGCCUUAUGUCGGGGUUAUCCAACAGAAUUUGCGUCAUACUUUCACUAUUGCCGUUCACUACGAUUUGAUGACAAACCAGAUUAUGCUUAUCUGAAAAGAAUAUUUCGUGAUCUUUUUAUCCGUGAAGGCUUCCAGUUUGAUUAUGUAUUUGACUGGACUAUUUUGAAGUAUCAGCAAUCACAGAUGGCUGCUCCUCCAGUUCGUGCCCUAGGUGCUGGUGCUGGAACUAGUUCUGGAAUGCCCACUGCUAUUGCCAAUGCUGAUAGACAGAUAGGUGGGGAGGACGGGCGAGCAGCUGUUUUGCCUUCGAUGAUUCCAUCACGGCGUAGAAUAGCAGGACCAGCUUUAACUUCUGGAACUUUUUCAAGGCAGAGAAGUCCAGUUGUUAAUGAUUCUGCAAUCUCUAAUGAUGUUAUGUUAUCAAACUCCAAUAAUUUGGGCCGUCCAAGUGGAUCAUCAAGGCGGGCUGCUGUUUCUAGCAGCCGUGAUGCAUUUGUUGAGAGUGAGUCAGAUCUCAAUCACACUCGGACUACUGAGGCCAGCCCUGGAGCAGCUCGCAGAAUUUCAAGUGGGCAAAGGACUUUGCCAGUUGGAUCCUCAGAUCCCAGACGUACACCAUCUGGGAGAAAUACCACCCGAAACUAUGAAGGUGCCCUCAGGGGCAUUGAGACCCUGCAAUUAGAUAAUUGAUAAGAGGGAUCAAUAUUAAAUGCUUAUCUUGGUGCACCUUUGUAAAAAAAGUACAAAUUCUUGUGUGCUAUUAUGCAUGCUGUAGGAAUAGGUUUGCUUGGAGUUGAGUUGUUGGGACUUGAAAUUCAGGGGAUUCGGGGUCUGGAUUUGCGCUCUCCUAGCAUAAACCAGACGAGUUGAAUCAAAUGUGAAAAGCUGAGGUUCAUCUGAACUGAUUCCAGGCACGGGCUCUCAGGUUGGUUAUCUUUGUGUGGCUUCUCUAUUCUCUGGCUACAAUGUUUCAACUUUUUUAUCCUGUUUUAACUGUGGUCGCUUUGCUGACUUCAUGAUGUCUUACGAUGUUUCUUCAACUUGUAGGGCCAAAACUUGGCAAUGUAAAUUGGCCAAUGUGUUCAUAUGCCUCUUUAGGUCCUUUCCACUUUCUUUGUUCCCAAAUUUUUAUACACAUUAUGCUGGGCACAGAUGCCUUUUAAUCUUUUGAGUUACUGCUACGUUUUCCUGAA